AGCAAAAGGAGCGUGGGAGUGAGAAUGUACUAGGUUUUAUUUUUCAUGAUAACAGCCAUACAUUGCUUUUUUUCAUGAUAACUAACAGCCAUUCCAAAGCGAUGGUUUUCUCAUUUUUACGUCUACCUCGUCUCCUGACGCGUCCUCUUGUUGCUCGUUGGUUCCUCUGGUGGCUGAUAGGCGGCGAAUGCCUCUCACACCAGUGGAGCAAUCGAAUUGUUCUCGGAGUGCACGCCACACGCAGUUCUUCAUCUGAACCACAGAAAACAUUAACAUCUGGGUCGCUCUAUCAAGACGGAAGCAACGUCCGACGUGGGUCGUCCUCUGCUGGGUCCUCUCCUAGACCUAGUACAGUUGAUUCUGAAAGAACAUCAAAGCCGUCCUCCCAAAAUAAAGUGGUCCUUUUCUGUGCUGACGUCGUCCAUAGUUUUGGUGCUAGUGCUGCCGCUUUUGUCGCUCUCCUAACCUUCCUAACCCGUUGGAAGCGAACAGUUGGCUGCUUCAGCUAUGACGAUUGUCACACGGUCUUGAAAUUGAACACACCGAUUUCAGCCGAAUCCGACUGGGGAUUAUGGGGAGUCCAUUCUGGCGCAGGCUUGUCGCAAUUGCCGUUGAGGGUACGGGAAAGCCUCUCAGGGGCUAAGCGGUUUAGAGACGUGUGGGACUUAGAGCAUCUGGGAAAAGAGUUAGACAUCACGUUAGCCGAGUUCGAUCAAGAUGUAGAAGUAUUAACAACUGGAGGUCGAGGUGGAGGAGGUGAAGGAGAAGGAGAAGGACAUCUUCAAGGUGGAGAACAAGAAGAGUCUCGUGGUCUUGGUGAGAAAAAAGGCUUGGAAAAAAUUCCUUGUGCGAACAAGCUGUCGGCAGAAGUGACAAUGAAAGUGGACAACAUCCAGUUCGUAUGGGCUGAGGACUACUGGAAAAGGACGAAGCCAGGCUCUUCUAACUUCUCUCAGGUGAAGAUGAAGCACACGACGGAGCAGGAGAAGCAAGAACAUGGGUCUUCGUUUAAUGAAGCAUUGUGGAGAAUGUUGCCUUUGGUCCGAACAGCCAGACCAGACGACUUAUUGCACAGGCAGAAGCCAGAAGAGUUGGAACCGGAGAUGAACAAGUUUCUGUCGAAUGCAGCUAUGCUGUUCUUCAGCUGGGCAAGGGAAAGGGAGAAGCAGGCUGGUAGUGUGAAUGAGGUGCGUGAAGGUAUGACUUAGUUGUAACAGAUCAAGAUCUACGGACGUCGUCGUUUCCGUGAAAAUCCGACUCUUUGCAUCUUUUCCCCAAUAGAUGAAACAACAGUAGCUAAUGAGUCCCUUAGUCCACCCCUCUUCUACCCCGUGGUUGCUCUCAAAGGCGAAAAAGCAGUAGAGGCACGACAAAAGACACGACCACAUGCGCAUGCAGAAAAAGUACUAACGCGUCACCUGAAAAACGCACAGGGUAAGGCAAUUAGCCUAAGAAAACAGCUUGGCGAGCCGAUCACCUUGUCCGACCAGGACACAGAGGCAGAGCGCAGACGCGCAGCCUUGACCUUCAAGUCAGGCGUUUUGAGGAUCUAUCUACAAGACUAUUACAGUUUCACCUCCUCCACCUUUGCUGCCAAUAUGUUGUUGCAUCUGGCCCCAGCGGUUUGGACCGAUGAAGCUUUUGCAGUAGGAAGUGCGUUGCGGUUUAGGCCUCAAUUUUUGCCAAGUGUGGAGGAAAUGGCCGACGAAAAAGGGAGAUGGUACAACAGAACAGCGGUCGUUGGGAGGAGUAAUUAAGGCUCCCCCUAAUCCAUCUCUAUAGACAUCCCUCAAGCAUAUGCACCCCAAUACAAGGGAGACACUGACGCAUAUUAUGCUUGAGGGAUUUCCACAGGGAUGGAUAGGGUUGAGGUCUAAAGUAAGAAGCAGGUCGAGGCGAUGAAGAAGAACGCUUCUAGUGAGGGUGAAAGCCAAGUGGCAGUAGAAGAAGGAGAACAACCUUCUAGUACCGAGACCAUAUCGUCGCCCAGCACCAGCAACAACGAAGCUGCUCUUCAACCACUUGUGCGCGUUCUCGGCAGUGAGCGCGACCUAACCUCCCUCAGACACAAAGACCAAUCUCCCUCAAACUUCCGCAACAUCUUGCCACCAAAAACAGUAGAAAUGGGAGAAAAGUGCGCAUACGUCAUGCUACGGCGUCGCAUCUUCUUACCUGGGGACGAGCUGCCGAUGAGAAUACCGAAAUUUAGAGGUAGACAUCGUCAUGGCUUUCGAACUUUUACUAGUGAGGAGAUAGAACAAGUACACAAGGCUGGCGAGGAAGCAGAUAGCAUUUUCAGCUUGUCAGCUGAUUUGAGGAAGAAUUUGAAUGCAAUAGCACAAGGCGCACUCGCAGAAAAGCCGACUGCUACUACAGCCAGAGAAAGUACCGUCACACAACAUCAAGGUGCUGGUGUUACUUCAUCUUCAACUAAGGAUGAUACUCCGAAAACCGAAGGAGGCCCGGCGGACGAUAUUAACUUCAUCGCCAAGAGCGCGUAUGUGUCGAUGACGUCGUGUAGCCGAAUUGGAAGGGGAACGAACCCUUAUGCAAACCAGGAGUGCGUCCAGUUUGUACCUUUGCUGCAUUUCGUCCGCACUGUCGCCGAAGUGGUAGCGGCGUUGCUGAAAUUAAGGCUCAGCUUUCAAUGGUCAUUGGGGUUAAUUUGUUGGAUUUUCAUUUUUGUUUUUCCCUAGGAGCAUGUUGCAGGAGCAGCAUGAGGUGUACCAUUUCAAUUUCCCUCACCCUCAAUCUGGGGUCACUGAGAUCCCUCUUGAGGAAAGAUGGGGGGAAAAUGAAGGAAAAGCAAAGGGAGAGGCAUGGGGCCCAUUUCUUUCAGAGUCAUGAUGACCAUUGAAUGCUGAGCUUUAAUGAACGGCAAUAAAGACCAGAAGCAGCAAAGACCAUGCGCCGCUUUGAACCUCAACCUAUAUCGCAAAAGCGCCUUCUCCGACUUGAAAAGUUACAGCGAAACAGAACUUGUGACCCUUGAAAACUGGAUGACUCAAGCAGCAAACGAACAAGUAGGAAACUUCUUCCCACAUGAUGAUCCAGUAACGUUUCAUAUUUUUCGUAAGCCUUAUCGGGAUCUGGGACCACGAUUUGAAGCAACGAUUAAUUUGGCACUCUUUCACUUGGCAACGAAGAGUCCUCUCUUCAUAUCGGAAGUUGGAACCUUCUGGGGUGAUGCGGUUCUGUUGGAAAGAAUGACGGGAUGCAGGUAGCUUUCCACCUAAGGUUAGUAGUUUCCUCAGAGAACUUAGAAUAGAAGUUUCCUGUAAGGGUCGUAGUUUCCUAAGGUUUCAGAGAACUAAGUUUCGUCACGUACAACACGUAGUUUACACUCGGUCAUCUCUCACACGACACUGAGACUGACACAAAGGAAAUCAUCGUCGCAGCAGCAGCGUAGUCAAUGAUCCGUCCAACCACAAAACCAAAAAACUUGAUUGCUAUUUGUUUCUUAUUUUUCUAAGUAGGUAGGGCUAGGGCUCCCUCCAAUUCCUCUUCCAGGUAUGGCCAACGUGCUUUGUCGCCAAUAUCCUCUCCAGCAGCCACAGAGGCCAACUGUCGCCCAGGAGCAGUUUUAGAGGCAAACGGCACAAGAAUAGCGCGACCGGUGUGGCAUUUUUCCCAGGAAAAUCUGUUGCCUGAAUCCUGUGGUCUCGUUCGGGGUAGGUGCACGCCCAAGGGUAGGAUCUGGAACGGGUUUUACCACUGAGAAUGUGAAAUUUGCAUUUCUUGUGUAGGUGGACUUAGAUUUCUUGCCGCGCAGCGCGAAGAGUGUAAAUUCUGAAGACGAAACGUCUCGCACUUGUUGAGCACAACGAGUACAUCAUAGGCUGGAGAAUGUGUAGAUUGCAUGCAGCAUGAACGAUAUGCUUUGUGG